UUACUUAUAAAAGGAACUUAUUUUCCAGAACAAUUAAGUUUUUCACGUUCUGCAGUCAUUACAAAUAUUUAAGUAAGAAAAUAUGUUUUAUGAAUUCUUUAUUGUUGGUAAUUCUAUACAGUUUAAAAGUCAGUGUUGGGUAACUCCCGGAGCGAUCGGCGGCCUUCAGACUAGCGUGAGGCAGUUGUCAUAACUCAACACCACCAUCACCAUCCUCUAAUACCAGAGUACACUUUAUCAAAUUCCAGUAUGCCAGAGUCUCCAGUGCACAUGCUUGAGAAUAAUGACCAACCACUACAAUAUUCACAAGCAGAACAAUGUAACAAUAUCACACACUCAAGCCCUGUUGAAGAUCACCAGAAUAAGACAGACCAAGCCAAAAAUUGGGAAGAAAUAGAAAUUGACAUAGGAUGGGGAAUCUUGCGCGGAAAGGCAAGAGGCUUGGGGCCUCGGCGCAUGCUAGGACUUCAUGGAUGGCUAGAUAAUGCCAACACAUUUGAUCUCAUCGCCUCAUUUCUUCCUGAGGAUGUAAGAUUCAUUUCCCUUGACUUACCUGGGCAUGGUCACUCGGAUCAUUUCCCUCCUGCCUUUAUAUAUGAUCCAAGAGCAUAUAUGGGUUCGGUGAAAAAGGCAAUGACUACCAUAGGCUGGAAUAAUUUUAUUCUGCUUGGACACAGCAUGGGAGCAGUGGUUGGAAUAAUGUAUGCUUCAGUUUUCCCAGAGGAUGUAGAAGCUUUCAUCAACAUUGAUAUAAUUAAACCCUGGUCAUAUCCUCCUGAAAAAUAUGCCAUGCAAUAUAAACAAUAUUUUCUUCAGUAUUUUGAUAAUGAAAAGAAAGCUUCUCAACCUGCAUUGGUAUAUGACAAGGAAGAACUAGUCAAGAAAACAAUAGAAGGAAGUAAAUCUCUUGAUGACAGAGGUGCUAGAAUUUUAUUACAAAGAGGUGCAACAAGAGCUGAAAAUGGCGACGGUUGGAUUCUUACGCGUGAUCUGCGAGCCAAGGUGUAUUUCGUUGGAUUCCUAAGCUUUGAAGCAUGGUUGGAGCUUGCAAGAGCUAUAACAUGCCCUCUUCUUCUUAUUAAGGCAAAGGAUGGUCAUCAUCACUAUGAAUUACCAGAGAAGAAUGAAGCCAUGUUGUCAGCAUUCAAGCAAGACUGCAAGCAUUAUCGCUUUUAUGAAAUGUUGGGAAAACACCACAUUCAUCUUACACACCCUAAACUUGUCGCUGAUCAUAUUUUGACAUUUAUUAAUGAAUAUAAAUCUAUUCUUCAAACUAGUGCUAAUCAUAUUGUGAAUUAAGGUUGUGUUAAUUGGUAAAUACAUAAGGCAUUUAAGUUUAACCAUGAACAAAAUCUGUCAAUGCUGAUCUAGAUUAUGUAGGUUAUUUAUUUAUUUAAACACUGAUUCUCAUUUAUGCAGUAUUAUUUGCAUAUAUUUUAUAUAUAGUUAGAUAUGUUUUCAGUACCUUGACCAUAUUUUGUUAGUCAAAAUCACAAUUAUAUUAGUGGUGGUGAAGCCGCAUCUUCCCAUGGAUCAUAGGUCCAGCAGUGAUGCUACAUCUCCCCAUGGAUCAUAAGUCCAGCAGUGAUGCUACAUCUUCCCAUGGAUCAUAGGUCCAGCAGUGAUGCUACAUCUUCCCGUGCAUCGUAGGUCCAGCAGUGAUGCUACAUCUUCCCAUGGAUCAUAGGUCCAGCAGUGAUGCUACAUCUUCCCAUGGAUCAUAGGUCCAGCAGUGAUGCUACAUCUUCCCAUGGAUCAUAGGUCCAGCAGUGAUGCUACAUCUUCCCAUGGAUCAUAGGUCCAGCAGUGAUGCUACAUCUUCCCAUGGAUCAUAGGUCCAGCAGUGAUGCUACAUCUUCCCGUGCAUCAUAGGUCCAGCAGUGAUGCUACAUCUUCCCGUGCAUCAUAGGCCCAGCAGUGAUGCUACAUCUUCCCAUGGAUCAUAGGUCCAGCAGUGAUGCUACAUCUUCCCGUGCAUCAUAGGCCCAGCAGUGAUGCUACAUCUUCCCGUGGAUCAUAGGUCCAGCAGUGAUGUUACAUCUUCCGUGCGUCAUAGGUCCAGCAGUGAUGCUACAUCUUCCCAUAUAUCAUAGGUCUGAUAGUGAUGUCUCAUCGUCCCUUGCAUCAUAGGUCUGGCAGCGAUGCUACAUUUGACCUGAAGAAUGCUUAUAACACCACCUGGAGAUGCACUGUUUUAUUUUCCUUCUGAUAUCUCUGCUGUCAUGGUAAUGACUUCUCUUCCCUCCCAACACCAGCUCAAGCUCACGAUAACGUGUCAUCCUGGGCCAACAGUCAUGGCUUCACGUUCUCUACAACUAAGACUUGUGCUGUGAUUUAUACUCGGAUGCAUAUCAUUCGCUGUCACCAAUUAUAUCUGUGUAUAGGGAUCCUUUCUGUGUAGGGAUACUGCCAAACUCUUGAGGUUGAUCUUUGACGCCUGUUUGUUUUGGUCACCCCUAUGUAGUUCACCUCGGAGUUGAAUGCUUCAAGGUUCUUACCUUACUAAGUCUUGUCCAAUACGUCCUACUUAUUCCUUGGCCCUUCAUCGUUUUGAUGCUCGGCACUAUGCUAGAUUACAACUCGGCUCUCGUACCUUUUGUUCAUUCCUGCCCAGAGUUUGUAUGUCCAUACUGCCUUUGCUAACUCAGUCCCUGCAAACAUCCUCACUCCUGCUUGUACCAUGCUUUGACCACUGCUUCUCUGGAGGAACUUGUUCCCUCUCGCCACCUUCCCUUUCUUGCAAGGUUGGCUCAUAGGCAAGAUUCUCUCUCGGUUAAUAUUGGCACACACUCCUCUUGUGUUGUUUCUACCUUACCCCAAUAUAGGGGACCACUUGUAAACUUUUGCAUGACCCUGAUUUGCAUGAUGAAGGCUUAUACUCUGUUUUGAAGUCUUUUCCUUGAAAUAUUUUUUCCUCACAUUCCAUUGCUCUGUUCACAGAUAGGUUAAAGUCUGCCAAUGGUAUUGGCUACAUCUGUAUUCUUCCUGAUCAAAUGUGUGUGUGUGUUAUCUUUCCCAGGAGACUAGCAUCUUCAUGGCAGAACUUGAUGCAAUUUUGUAUGCUUAUCAGUAGCUGGUUUUUCUGUGUCAACAUUCCUUUGUCAUUGUGGUUGACUUUGUGCUUUCAUGGCUCUGGAGUACUGUAACUGAUCUUGUGGUGAUCGAAAUCCAAUACCGACCAUUUCUUAUCUCUAACAGAUACGACAGUUGAAUGUUGCUAGGUUUACCACCACACCAGAGUUACCUAGAAUGAGCUUGCGGACAACACUAUUAAAGAGGCCAUUCAUGCUUGCAACAUUCUCCAGAAAAGGAUUUUCAUAUUUCUAUCAGUCAUUCAUUCUGCAACUGUUGCCCUAGUAUUACAGAUAACAAACUGCAUGCUCUUAAGUGACCUUUCCCCUUGGCCUUCCUCCUAUCAUCGUAAUAGAUGAUGGGAAAUGGCUUUGGCUAGGUUGCUAAUCAGUCACACCCAUUUAACUCAUGGACACUUGAUGGAACAUCCUGAUCCCCACCCCACUUAUGGUGGGAUAGAUGAUGAUUGUUUUACUUAACUAAUAUCCCUCGAUAGAAUCCUUGGUAAACCUAAUACCUUUGAUGUCGCUUGCCCUGUGUCCCUUUAUUUUCGUAUUGGCUUCCCAAGUGACAUUUAGCGCCUUUUGAAUAUCCUGCAACACAGAUGAUUACAUAGUUUUUAAUUACCUGUCACUUCAGUGGUGCUAUAUAGCCAUACCAAUUUAGCCCCUGAUCAUUGCUUACAUACCACCAUUAUAGUUCUAUGCACAGCUGGAAUAUAACUAACCGGAAAUCAUUUUGAUUUUUCAUAAACCUUUGUUGGCUUGAAAAUAUGAACCAUGUUAUGAAUACUGUUUAAGGAUUCCCUCAUGUAAAGUAGCUAAAAGACAAUAGAGUUCAAAAUUAUGAAGUUGAGAGCACAGAUCAUCAGUACUGGCUUAUCUCUGUAUGUGCAGAUAGGUUAUCAAUAAGCAGCCAUCUUUUUUUUUUUUUUUUACAAAUGGUAGUGUGCAGAUAGCUUAUGUCUUGUUCAUGUAUAGGCAUUAAUGAAUAGCCCAGUAAGUUAUAUACAGUUUUCUAACAUGUUAUAUAUCAUGCAAGCUACAUAAUAUCAGAGUGGAAUUAAACAAAAUAGUGUAGUUCAAAAUAAUUUAUUAUGUAACGAAGAAUUAGAACAAAAAUUUGACAUAUGUAAAGCACCUUGACAAUUUUUUGUUAAUAGAGAAGUGUCACAUACAAAUACAUAUGAAUACACACUAACA